AUGAGUCGCCUGUCUCGGGCUGAGGGCCGGUCCCCCUUGCCGUCGCUGCAGAGCGAAAUCUCGAUUCUCAAUGCUGAAAAGUAUGGCGAGGAGCCCAGACAGGUCAAUGGCAAGCGCUCGCCAUCGCCGGAUCAUGACGAGGAUGACGCCGUGCAGAAGAAGCGCUCCCGGGGCCGUCCGCGGCUCGACACCAAGGACGAGACAGCCGCUGAUCGUCGUCGAACCCAGAUUCGUCUUGCUCAGCGAGCAUACAGACACCGCAAAGACACCGCCAUCACCACGCUCGAGCAAAAGGUCAAGGACCUCGAGGCCUCAAAUGAGGCCAUGAGCAAGGAGUUUACCAAGUUUUACGACAUCAUCCUGGCCGAGGGCAUCUUUGACAUUGCCCCUCAUGCCGCGCCUCGCCUCAGACUCAUCGCUGACAGGCUCCUCCGCAUCUCCAGCAUGGUUGGAGCUAGCAGCAUCAAUUCACCAGACAGCGACGAAUCCAUCGUGGCCAAGCCUGGUGCCGGCCGCAAAGGAGCUAACGACAUCGCCAUGAGCCUCGGCUCCCAGAGCACUAUCAUCGAGCCGGAACUCACGGCUUCUACUUACUCUUCCUCCCAGCACCAGCAUCCGGCUGCAUUCAACUACGAAGUCAUUGCUCAAGCCACGCCAAACAACGCCAGCUUCCCCUUCUUCACCUCCAUCGAGACACCCUCCUCACAGCCCCAGAGCGGCAGUUAUCUGGGCAACUCCAUCGCCAACCCUUCGCCCUAUCCCCGCCUCUCCCCGCCCGCACCAUUCGGCUUCGGCGAGCGCUCCUUUAGCAAGAGAUUGCAACGGACCACCCUGGAGCGCGGUCUCAGGCUGGCCACGAUGAAGAACCCGCCCCCUGAGCAAUAUGCGACUGUUUUCGGCUUUUGCUUACUGUUUGAAUCCCGCGAAUCGAUUAUCCGGAGAUUGGCCGCCGGGCUGAAAAAGGCACAGAGCGAGGUCAUGGACUGGAAGCUGUCGGCAGCUGACCAAUUUGGAUUCUUGGACGGCAAUUUUUCGUCGAACGGCUCGGAUGAUUUGAGCCAUGCGCUGCUUUCCUUGGGCAAAUCGAACAGCACCUUCUCUGGCCUGACGUCGGCAUUUGGCCAGCAGACUUCGGCUAGUUCUGAGGACCGAACGGAGCAACGGAUACGGAUGAUUUGCCAGAACUUUGAGGGCGAGUUCUUCACGUCUGAAGAAGUAGAGCUGUUCCUACGCAGGCUCGGCUUAUCUAUUCCUCCCAACGUCGACUAUCUUGAAACGGAACUAGAUCUCAACGACCUCCAAGCUGCCGACGAGGCGAGCACAAAGAGUCACUUUGCCAGCAUCGGACUAUCUCCCGGCAGCUCCGGCCUGGGCAGCGGAAACGGACUCAGCAACAUGUGGCAAAUGAACACCUCGAUUGGCGAUUUUGGAAGCUCUCUCCGGGGAGACUCAUCAGAAGGUCAGAGCAAUAGAAUGACAGAGUUUGGCGACGAUUCUGACCCGAAUGGAGGAUUAGUCGCGUUUAUGAACAACCCCGAUUUCGGCCAGAUGUGGUCUACAGGGUCUAGCUGGCCAAAGACGAAGGUUUCAGUCGAUAUUCGCAGGCUGAUAGAAGAACUGGUCGGCCGAUCAGUCUGCCUUGGCAGGGUACCGGGCGUGCGGCCCAAGGAUGUGAUUAAGUCCGUCAAGAUUGCCGCUGGCCUAUCAACCUCCAACGCAUGA